GUUCUCGUAUACGAUACAAGUAAAGAAACCAUUUUUAGUGCGGUUUUCAACAAGCAAGCUGGAACUCUCAAAGAAUUUGGGCACCAUCUUUGAUCUUUUCUUCACAGAUAAAUUGUAUAGUAGUAGUUACUAGCAGGUUACAAGUAUCACCAUAAUAUAUUGCUUAAUUUGCUGGGGUUCGAGUAAUUAUUCUGAUGGCUUUUUCUUACAUAAAAUCCAAAUUGAUCACGACCAACACGUUCUCAUCUUUAUGUUUAAAAAAAAUUGUAGCUGUUGGGGCAACUAAAAACAGCCUGUUCAUGCCACAUUGUUCUACAAUUUUGAGUUCAAAGUUUACUAGGUAUAGUGUGGUUCCUGUUGUGGGUUUGGUUGGAAUUGGAAGGUUGCAACAUAAUGUUAAUCAUACACAUUGUUUUCUUCACACCACAAAUAGAUUUUACCAUGCAAAAACAGAGCCAAAGUCACUAAAUUGGUCAAUGCGCGUACAAAGAUUGAUGGGAUUUUGUGGGAGAAUAUGUAGCUUUAGUUUGGCGUUUGGUGCUAUGUUUGUUAUUGCUAUUUGUGGUGCAAGAAUACAAAGAGUCCCAUACUCAGGAAGGUUCCAUCUUUCUCUCAUUGAAAUGUUGGAUGAUCUGUUAGGAGAUAUUGGGUGGCAGAAGUUUGAGGAGGAACACAAAGGGAAAUUAUUCCCUCUAUCAGACCCUCGAACUAUUCGGGUACAAUCUAUAGCUACAAAGAUCAUUAUAGCAAUGAAUAGCGGGUUAAGGGCUGGAGCUGAGUUCACGAUCAAUGGCCAUUUAUAUGCUAGUAGAGAUUUUGGAGAUAAAGGGUCGUUGUUGGCACCAAAAUCUGAAGGAGAUAAGGCUGAACAAGGGUUUAAGCAGAGACAAAAGCGGGAUCGAAACUAUAUAUGGAAACCGGCUACUAAAUUUUUGAACCGAAGAGAUUGGGAAGUCUAUGUGAUGGAUACUUCGGAAAUUAAUGCCGUAUGCUUCUUUGGUCGAAGGAUUGUUGUUCAGAAGGGGUUGCUUGAGAUUCUAUACCAUGAUGAAGAGUUAGCAACUAUUAUUGCGCAUGAGAUUGGGCAUGCUGUGGCUAGGCAUAGCUCAGAACAUUUUGUGAUGGAUUUUGUCUGGGUUCUCAUUGCUCUGAUUCUUCUUAUUUUUGUUAUUCUUAAUGUUGGCAAUUCAACUUCAAGAAGAAAUCCGGAUGGUCCUGCAAAACGUUGGGGAAUGUUUAAGAAUUUUAUAAGCAGGAGGAGGGAAGAGGAAGCAGAUUAUAAUUGGAUUAAUGUUAAUGGCAUCUGCUGGAUAUAACCCUAAAGUGGCACCCAGAAUAUAUAAGAGAAACCUGAGGAAUCUUGGUGGUGAAGGCGGUAUCAAUUCAACUCAACCAUCUUGUAUUAAGAGGGCUGAACUGCUAAAUAAAGCAGAAGUAAUGAACAAAGCGUUGGCUGUGUACAAGGAAGUGAAAGCUGGUGAGGGGGUGAGAAGCUUUGUCUAGGAUGCUUUUGUAAUAGAAAUCACAAUGCUUUGCUUGCUUAAGAAAACGAAUGGGAGAUGCACUAUUCAUAUUAUUGUUCAUGGAGGGGAUUGAUGAAACUAUGUUUGCAAUAGGCUGGUAAUGAAAAGGGAAUUUUUGGUUAAGAAUGCUUAGUUUCGAAAGCUUUGCUUGGAUAAUUUCUUCAGCAAGGGUAGUGAUUAGUGAAACCCAUGAAAUGUAGUGUUUUGGAUAUAUAACAAUAUUCUUGUUUUGGAAUGGUAUGUAUUAGACUUUUAAUGGUAGUAU